AUGGCAAAUUUGGCAAAACUAGAGUUUGUUGCCUUGGACCUUUCCGGGGACAACUAUUUAUCAUGGGUCCUGGAUGCCAAAAUUCAUCUACGAGCCAAUGGCCUCGGACAAACAAUUGUAGAUGAGAAUGAUGCUUCGCCUGAAGAGAAUGUGAAGGCCAUGAUCUUUCUUCGCCGCCACAUCCAUGAAGCGCUGAAGAGCGAAUAUGUGGUGGUUGAUGAACCGUUGGUUCUAUGGAAAGCUCUAGGUGAAAGAUACGAUCACCAGAGGAUGGUGACUCUCCCAAGAGCUAGAUACGAAUGGACUCACUUGAGAUUUCAAGAUUUCAAACAUAGCGGUUUCAAGAAGUACUCGGAACUUGUAUCUUGCCUCUUGUUAGCUGAGCAGAAUAAUGAGCUCUUAUUAAAGAAUCACCAAUCUCGCCCAACGGGCUCAGCACCACUUCCUAAAAUAAAUGCUGCAUCUCAGGAAGUGAAUGCCACUUCAUCUCGUGGCAGUAUCCACAAACGUGGGCGAGGGGGCAAGCGUGGCCACUGGCAAGGAAGCAGAAAAGAUCGUGGUGCUCGUUCAGAGGGUUUAGGUCCAAGGAGCGGUCCAUCCACGAAUGGCAAAAAUGCAUCCCGUAAUAAGGGAAAGGCACAGACGAGCCAUGUGCCUAGAAAUGUUGAAAGCACUUGUCACAGAUGUGGUGCAAAGGGACAUUGGGUGCGCGCAUGUCGUACGCCCAAGCAUUUGGCGGAUCUCUAUCAAGCUUCACUUAAGAACAGGAAAGUGGAGAUAAAUUACAUUGAUCAUGCUCCGCCAGCCACAGAUGGCUCAUCAGAAAUAUCGCGUCAGCUAAACAAGACACAUUUGGAUGUUUCUGAUUUUGUUACUGAAAGAGGGAAUGAAGCUUAUGGGUCCGAAUUAGAUUAA